AUGCCACUGACCCAGGCCGAUGGAAUCCUGGUCCGGACCCAGAUGUCAAAGCUGCUGCAGCAGACCACCACUCUGCAGGACCCACCAGGACGCAGCCACAAUGGCCACGAAGAACGUGUCACUUGCCAUGACCAAGCUCCAAGCAAAACUGUUGAUUUGAGAGUCUGGUAUCAAGCAUAUGAGCCAUAUGCCUUAUCAAGUAGACCUAGUUUGAGCAAUCAGCUACUUGAUGCUGAUCGUGUUAGCUUGAGGAAAGACAAUGCUGUUGCACCAACUUUCUUGUCAACAGAUCUGAAGGAUCUGCUGUUGGACAUCUCUGGUGCUUUGAGAAAAGGAGCCCCGAGUCUGUGCCCAUGCGCAUUACUCGACGAGGCGCUCUGCGCAUGUGUGGUGACCGUCUGGGGCCUAGUGGAUCCUGGCGGCAGUUCAGGGCUUGGGUUUGAUUUGCAAACGGUGUGGGCGGUGUGUAGGCUGUUAGAUUCACUGCGUUUCUUCGGGCGCUUCGAUAUGAGAUCGCACAUUGGACAGCCGUGGAUUACGGAGCUGGUGCUGGGAUAUGGAACGGGCAAGAGCCAACAGCGGCCGGCGGCAGCUCAGGUCACUGAGUUUUUGCCACUUGAGAACUGGACAAAAGAAGCUGAACAUGAACCUGCUGCAGUUGUUCUCGUAUCUGAUCUCAAGCACUACAUUAAGACUGUGGUGACAAAGGGAGCCAAACAUAACCUGGAACAGGAGGAAGAAAAUUAUACAUUCAAUGAUAUCAAAAACAAAAUUGUUAUUUUGAGAAAAUUCAAUGUUCUGCUCAAAUUGGAACUGGAGCUGGAAGAUUGUGAAUUCUAUCUAGUUGUUCAUGAAUUGAAGAUCCUACCAGCGGAAACCGGUUUUUCUGAUGCAUGUUCAUGCAACUUGGACCCUGCUGUGCAGAAGAAGUUGAGAGAAUUCUGGCAAAACCAUGUGCAUAAUUUGACAGCACAAUCGGGAUCAUUUUCUGGUAACUGUCUGUCAAAUUUGAUAGCAGCAGUGGAAAAUGAAGAUAAUUUAUUAAGAAACACAGUUGAACUCUGCCUUGAUUUAACUGAUAAUUCGAAGGCUUCAGCGUCCACGUCAUCCUUUUUAUCGCCAUCAAUUAAUCAAGCUACAGAAUGGAAAACUUUAAGCAGAAAAGAACAGAACACAAAAGGUAUCUUCACAAUUCCUGACACUGUCCUUAUGAUUUCAUCUAAUCAAGAGGAAGCCUUAAGUAAUAUAAAAGAAUGGAAGGAUGAUUUUGUAUGCACUGAAGAUGCAGAUUCUGAGACGGAGCAAAAUGAUGACACAGAUGUUUUGUUACAUAAUGCAGAGGGACAGGAACCUGCACCUUCACAGAAUCCUUGGAAUGCUGUAUCACCUUUGUGUCUUGGUGGAAUCCCAUCUUCAGAAGAAACUUAUCUUUCGUGUGUUUCAGAACCUUGUGAGAAACAUGUUGAUAAAUGCACUGGUUGUCUGUCUUCCACAUUCUGUGAUAUUCCUGGCUGCAGGAGGCAAGCCAGUAGGCUUCAGCUUUCAGACAACAGUACACAAGAUGCAGAGGAAUCAUUAGAGUUGUAUACAGAUGGGUCUCGGCAAGAGCAGCCACAUUCAGAAAUGUGUGCUGGAAGCCCCUUGCACGCAUUAAUCAAAAGUAUAGACAGUGAAGUCACAAAUGUGACAGAGCCUGAGAAGAUACCUGCUAAACCUGAAGACAACAGGGAGAAAUCUGUCAAUCACAGCAGGACUGCCGGCAACUGUUUGUUUAAGAAUAUAUCUCCUUUAUCGGCUGCAGCUGACAAUUGUAGCAAGUUGAAUUGUGUGGGCUUGUUCAAAAGCAUUGCCCCUCUAACAUCAACAGCAGGAGGUAGUCAUGCAAAUGUAAGUGGGAGUCCAGAUACACCUGUGCUUAAUUGUACGACAGCAGCUAGAAACAUUGUGCUGGAAGCAGACGAACAACAGCUUGAUGGUGAAAAUGAAGAAUGCUAUGAAAUGCAUAGAGGUGUCAAAAGGAAACGGCAGUUUACAGAUUCAGAUCAUGAACCACAUAGAAACAAAGUUGACCUGAGCACUGGCUGGAAGUGUACAACUGUAAAUGGGGCCCAGAACUCAUGUAAUGUCAGUAGUGAUAGAACUUUCGUUGGAACAGAUCAUUUUCAAGAAAUAGCCAAUGAUGUUUGUCAGGUGAAUGACACAUGUAAAGAAUCUUGUAGAAAGCAACAAGAUAGUAGGGAUACAAAUUUGAAAGAUACUGAUUUGAGGAAUACGUCAGAAAACAAAAUGACAAUGGAAGCGAGAAAGUGUAAUAACCUUCAUUUUUUACCUGAGAGACCACCUCAACAAGUCCGAGAUUGCAAAAGACCAGCAUCCUCAGAAGUUCCUGAUGUGCAGCCCACAGAAAGUGUUGCUGCCAGUGUUAAUCUUGUGGUUUCUCACAAGACUAAGCAGGACAAAGUUAGAUCUCUGAGACAUCCUGAUGGAAGCCAAUUUUUGUACACCUAUCCAGAACCCACUCACGAACUGAUAUCUCAGGUGAACUCUGUAAGGGUUCCUUGUGGAUUGCUGAAAUGGGCUAUUUCUUAUCUUACUGGACCAAGGUUGACACACAAUUAGCUGCUGUUCCUAGCUGGCAUGCAAUUGGUCAUUUGUUUUGUGACAAUUUUAGUUAAUGACAUUACAUUUGCCUGAUGUUUUAAUGUUGAUCCAUGUUAUUUAUUUAUAUCAGUAUUGAACACCGCUGCCUCAGGUAAAAAUAAACUGACACACACCAGGGAUAGGGAUGCUAGUAUAACACUGCACGCAUGGGCUGUUCUUGGCAGCACUUAGCUGUUGACUCAGAGGAAGUAUGGCCUGAAACAAGUAUCUGUCCAUACACCUUUCAAGCCAGAAAUAACGCACAGCCCUGGAAGGCAAAGGAAUUGGAACAAAAUGAAUGAUUCCAUGUCCUUAAUUUACAUAAAGUUCAAUUUCUUUUGGGAGUUUUGGAGCAGACUAAUGAUUAGCCUUGUAUUGAAGGUUAUAUAAUUAUAAUAGAUAACAAUUAUAACUAAAUACUGCUCUGAACUGCUCAUUGCUGUAAUUUUGGUUUGUGUGUAUUGCAUUCAUAUCAAAGUCCUUUUAUAAUUUUUUUAGAAAAUAAAAAAUACUCAAUUUUUUUUGUAGUUUUAGAUGACUGAAUUGCUUUUAAACAACAGAGCUAUCUAUCAAAAUGUAAUGUGCAUAUGAUUUUUGCUGUAACAUUGAACCCUAAAUUUGUUGUGAUAACCAUGCAGUUAUUGAUUUGUUCCAUCGCUUUGUCAACUCCACUUUUCAGUUUCUUAGUUUCAGCAAAACCUUCAGUGACUUAUAUACGGAUCAUUCCCUUGUAGGACAUUUUCAUUCCUUGUUCAAGCCCAAGAGAUUUAGAUAAUACAUCUAUUACUAAAUCAGGCUGUACUACAUUAGAUUCCUGUACUAAGCUACUGAUUAUUUAAGAUUUUAGAGUAGAGUUGUAGCUUGGGUUGUGGAUGUUGUGGUUGGUUGGCUCACUGUUGUUCUGCAGUCGUUUCAUUACCCUGCUGGGUAACAUCACCAGUGCGGCCUCCGAUGAAGCGCUGUUGUGUUUUCCUGCCUGUUAUUUAAGCUGUGGUGACCGUUAAGCUGGAUUACCUUACUUCUGGUUUUCCUUCGCAAUGAGCAUAUAUAGGGUCUAGCUUUGUGUUUAUUGAUGGCUUUCUAGUGGAGAGCCAGACCUCUAGGAAUUUCCAUGCUUGUCUCUGUUUUGACUGUCCCAGGAUCCCAAUUGAAUUGAUAAUUUUCCUUAUCUAUGUGGAUAGAGAUGAGUGAGUAGUGGUAUAUUUGUUGCUAAUUGAUGUUCGGGUACUGUUAUUGUUAAUUUCCUUCCUCUCUGUCCAGUGUAAUGUUUGUCGCAGUCUUUGCAGGGAAUCUUGUAUAUGACAGUGGUCCCGUCCAUAGUGGGCAGUGGGGUCUUUGGUAUGGGUUAGCAGUUGGCGUCGUGUUGAUUUGGAUUUGUGUGCUACUCUGUGAUCCCCUGAGGGAGUUUGGUCAGUUCAGAUGUGUUCUUGAUGUAAGGUAGCAUGAUGUGUGUGUCGGGCCGUGUAGUAUCUUCCUGGUGUUAUUCGAGUAUUAGACAUCUUCUGACCCAGUUUUUGCAUAUCCAUUGUCCUUGAACACCUGGAAGAGGUACUCCUUUUCUUUCUGGCAUAGUUCUGUGUUGCUGCAGUGUUUGUUGUCUGUUUAAAUAAGUUCUCACGCAACUUCGUUUAUGUGUGUUAGGGUGGUUGCUGUUGAAAUUCAGAACUUAGUCUGUGUGUGUGGCUUUCCUGUGUACCUUUGUUAGGAAUUUCUCAUUGAUCCUGCGUUCCAUCAUGACUCCUAGGAAUGGGAGCUGUUUGUUCUUUUCCUCUUCUCUGGUGAAUCUGUUCCCGGUGAGGGUGUUGUUUAUUUGUUUGUGUCUCCUCUAGUUUGGUUCAUUUAAUAAUGACGAAGGUGUUGUCCACGUAGUGUAUCCAUAGUUUCGGUUGGAUUGGCGGAAGGGCUGUACUUUCAAGUCUCUGUAUCAUUGUUUUGGCUAUUAGUCCAGAGAUAGGUGAUCCCAUGGGUGUCCCAGAGAUACAAUCUGGCUCCACAGAUAUGACAGAGACCAAAGACCCACUACCCACUAUGGACAGGACCAAUGUCAUAUACAAGAUCCAUCCCUGAAUCAAAGGAGGUUUGGAAAAUUAACCCAAAUUCAUAACUAUCUCACUCAUUACUAAGAAUCAUACAGUACAGAAGAGGCCCUUUGGCCCAUCAAGUCUAUACCAGCAAAACUACUCUAAAUCUAUACUAGUCUCACUUUCCACCUCUUGGUCCAUAGCUUUAAAUGUAAUGACUUUUCAAGUGCUCAUCCAAGUAAUUUUUAAAGGUUGUUAGGUUUCCUACCACAACUACCCUCUCAGGCAGUGCAUCCCCAUUCCCACCACUGAUUGCUUGAAAAAGAAUUUCCCCAAAGCCCCUCUAAACCUCCUUUCACCUUAAAAUCCCUUGUUACUGACUCUCCAACUACGUUUCAGGGUUAAGUUCUACCUCAUUAAAAUUUCAACUAUUUCUAAGAAUCUAGGCUGAAGGUCUUUCUGGACUCGCGCAAUUGUCAGCACUCAGCUCUGACAUUUUACUGAGUACCACUUCUAUAUUUAUUGUGAUUUCCUAAGUUCCUCCCUCCCAUUUCUUAGUCUUUCACUACUUCUGGGAUGUUACUUGUAUCCUGUGUGGUUAAGACAGAUGCAAAAUACAUGUCUAGUUUUUCUGAUGUUUCCUUAUUUUGCAUUAACUUUCCAAUCUUGCUUUCCAAAGGUCCAGUACUCAACUUUUGUUUUUAUUUACUUUUAGCAUUUAUGGAAACUCUUAUUAUCUGUUUAUACUUCUGGCUAGCUUUCUCUGUACUCUAAUUCUUCCAUCAUUCUUUUUAUUUUUAAUUUCUAUCCAAUCUUCUGACCUGCCACCUGCCUUUACACAGUUAUAUGCUUUUUACUUUCAGUUUAAUCUUUAACAACUCUGCUUAACCACAGAAGUUUGGUCUGUCCCUUGGAAUUUCUCUUACUUGUUAUAAUGCACUUAUUUUGAAAUAUCCCCUUGCAUUUCUGCCAUUACAUUUCUAUUGUUCUAUCUGUUAACCUAAUGGCAAAUUUCACAUGAUCUCUCUGCUUUCAUUUCCUCUUAAUUGCCCUAAUUUUGAUUUGUUAAAGAUUGUCCAGGAUCCAUUCCUGUGUCCCUCAUUAAAAGUGUAAAAUUCAGUCAUAUUAUGGUCGCUGUUACCUCGGGGCAUCUUCAGUACAAAGCUGUUAAUUAAUCCUGUCUCAUUAUACAAGGCCUGAUUGUGCACCCUGCUCGCUCAUGUUAUACAGUCAUCGAGUCGUGCGGCACGGUAAUAGACUUUUUGUUCCAACUCAUCCAUGCUGACCAGAGUCCCAAACACUCUCAUUUGGCUCAGUCCCUGCCUCACCAAAUUAAUGUAAAUCCUAUCUGAGAAUCCCCUCCAUCAAUUUGUCAACAACUGGAUGUCAGAUUCACCAGUCUGUAGGCCCUAGGCUUCUCCUUACAGCCUUUCUGAAAUAAAGGCCCAAGGUUAGCCACUGCACCAGUCCUCUGGAACCCCAUCUGUGGCUAUAGAUGAUACAAAUGUCUCUGCUAGGAGCCUUGCAAUUUCUUCCCUAAUUUCCCACGAAGUCCUGGAGAUUUAUCCGCCUUGUGCUUUUUUUUAAGGCCUCAUGGGUCUACAGGAUUUUUUUCUGUUCCUCAUUUGCAAAGUCCAUGCUCUAUCCCUUGACUAUCUUGACUAUCAAGUUCAGUCUUCAGCCUGUGAUGAGUUCGUUCAUUAGAGCAAGGGGGAUGUUGAGUUCCUGCAACAGAUCUGUUUUAUUUCUGGGAAAGGGAAGUUGAUAACGUUGUCAACCUGCAUUACAAUUUAUGAUUGCUGCACAGCAACUGCUGCUGGAAAGUGGACAUGCAUGGCUGUUGGACGAAGGUUGAAAUGGGACAGGUGCGUGAAUUUCACUUGGCCUUUGUGAUCAAAUGUUCAACUGAAAUGUAUUUGGACCUCUCCUCCCAGCAGGUAAGAGAUGCUGACAGUUGGAAAGUUUAAGACAUUUUAGACUUUUUGUACACUGAUGGUGUCAAGGAAUUAUGGAGUUAAGAGAAGUAAGGAGAGUUGUGGUACAUAUCAGCGGGAUUUGUUCAAAUGAUUAAGUUGGCUGGAGGAGCUCAAAGAGUCUUACUCCUAUUCUUAUAAUUAACUAGGCUGUCAAAAAAGUUUGUUUGGAUAAGGUUGUCAGUGUUCACUAGUUUAGCUAGUAUGUGAGCCAGCAUUUUCAGGAAGCUAGGUGAAAGAAAAGGGAGAUUCAACUGUAAAAUGUUGACACAUAGUAUACAUAAAAGCAGACUUGUAGAUUAUAGUGUAUUAUGGUGAGCAAUGAUUGUGUUGGAAUGUAAGACAGUACCCUCCCACAUGCAAUUUUCUGCAGUGCUUUGGGCAAAAGUUUUGUUCUCAAGAAGCAAUAGGGAGGAAAUGGUUGCAGUCAAACCUUCCGUAUGAUUUCCAAGAAAAUUCAUAUUGAUCACAAAUCCUACACAACUUGCACAAGUUAGCAUACAAAUAUAAAAUUUGUUUUCAAAAAGUUUAUGCUAAUACUUUGACAAAAUGUAAAUAUUUUGUAAGAUAUACAUAAGUGAAGAGUUUAAAUUGUGUACUGAAAUGCAUGGAUCUGUCCUUGGGUUUAUUACUCAUAAUACUUUGUAACUGAUAUUAUUUUCUGGAUAAUAUUUCCCAUACAUCCCUUUACUCUAUUGAUUGACAGUCUGUUGGAGCUGGGCUUAAAUGAUAGUAUCCAUGGACUGAUUGUUUGCGAAGUACAUGGGCUACUCUAUUUCAUAGAAACAAAAUAAUGGCCACAUCUGCAGUUCCCUCAGGAUACUUGUUUUCCAUAUUUCCAAUUUUUAAAACUUUGAAGAUUGCAAAAUACAGAACAAUUCUUUUGGUCCUGAGAAAAUAGAUAAAAUUUCCUGCAAAGCACUUUUUAACCUAGUCACCAGAUGCUAUAGACUGCCCAGGAUCCUCCGUCAUCAGUUGACUUUAUUUCCUGUAAUAAGACAUGAUACUCCCUGUAUGAGUUGAAACCCCUACUAUUCAUUUGAAAUAUGCUUGAAAUCUCAUGUAUCCCCAUUUCCCUCUGUCAGGAGAUGUAGUGACUGUGGCUUGCCAGGCACCAUCCUCAAAUGUAUAUUGGUUUAAUAUUAGGAACAUUUGCUCAAUGCAUUGUAUCAGGAAGUUUACAUUGGACCAGACACUACAUCAUGUAUUCCAGGUGUUCAUUUGUUUCUUUAUUUAUCCAAUAUAAAAAUUAAAAUAUGUGAAACCGUCUAAAAGCAGAACCAAGUUGACUAUUGGAUUAUCACUGGUUUCAGUUCAUCAACUCUACAACAUCUUGGAGUUUUCAAGAAGCCUUUGCAACAAAUGCAUCUAAAACUCGAAAAGGUAAACCAUUUAGUAAUGAAGUAAUAGUUGUGAUUUUGAUCUCAAUUUAACAAGCAUUCAUAUUAUUUAACACAAUGUAUUAAAAACUAGAACAUGAAAUGAGGCAGAAUUUAACUCCACCACUUCAAUAACACUUUAAAUUGGAUUGUACUUCAUCUAAGUUGUUCACAUACUUCAUUGGCCAGAAGCGUGAUACAACUUCCAUAAAGUGUGGCUAUUUCAUUCGCCCUACUUUUUUUCCCCCUCUGUCUCAUUUUACACCCCCCACUUUUUCAAAAUGGUGCAUUCUUGCAGAAUGAAUCUAAUGACUCAUUAAGCACGAAGAGAAAACUGGUGAAACAUGAAGGUUUUGGACAGGGAGUCAGAGUUGAGGAGGUAGGACAAGCUUAAAUGAUCAAAGCUGAUCUGCCCUUAUUGGAUUGGAGCAUCUCAAAAGUGCUGUAAUAUAGACCAUCCAGAAUCAUUUCAUAGAUACAAGAGGAUCAAAAUUAUCAAGGAUUUGUUGAUUUUAUUCUUGUUUGUGGCUAAAAACAUCACUGAUUUGUCACUGAAUUUUAUUUAAUGCAAAUAAGUUCAAUGAGGAAUUGGUACUACUUAUAGAUGCCAAAGGAUUCCCCACUGCCAUUUUUAUCUGACGAUGAUGAACUGUGGCAUUGGCCCUUCCUCUGUGCACUGGUCUUUGGUAAACUUACUUAUUCCUGAAAAAGUUGAUAAGCACAGUGAAGCAAAAAUAUUAACCACUUUACUUUUUCUUUCAAGGACUUUUAUAAUGUUAGGUACAAUGCUAAAUCUUCUCUGAGAAGGUGCUGUUGAGAAAGGCUAGGUUUCCCCUCCUCCCUUCAUUGGUACAUUUUUUAAUCUCUUUGGUCUGCAAGGUAACCUUGAAGUACAAACUGAUCAGUUGCACAAAGAAGAGGUAGUGCAUCUCACAGCUUGUCCUGGAUUCCUGUUCCAGGUCAAAAUGUUAUUGGCUGCAUUAUGAACUAUUUAAUUAAUCUAUAAAAGCAAGCAGUAAAUGUAAUGCAUAGUGCUCUACCAUGGGCAAAUCUAUGUACAUUCAGCUUAAAAUAUUUUAUUUCCUACUAUCAUUAUACAUUUUAAUAAAUCGAAUCAAAAAUGAUUGACUAUUAAAAUCCUGUCCUAGUUUUGAUUUUUGCCAAAAAUUUUCAGUCAGGUACGCUGGACAGACUUCUCCACAGGCUAGUCCAUUUAUGCUUAAGUAUGUUUCCCCUUGAAAGACAGCAGCAACUGUUAAGCUGUCUUCUUCAAUUUGGGUUGGAAAGAUUUUCUUCUAAAAUUAAAUUUGCUUCUUCUGUGCCUUUCAAGUUAGCUGUAGAUAAUGGUUCUGUUAUGUUGGUUUCGCAUUUAUCUGUAAGAU